CCCCCCACGUCAAGAUAAAGAAGUCUGUUUUGCGUUGGUUGCGUAAAUAACGUUCAGAGCGUAACACUGCGCGGAGCUGAGCGCACCUUGAAGAAGAAACAGUACGUGAGUGUUUAGUGCUAUUUCUCAAGACUAUCUCCAUGAACAACCUGAAUGAUCCUCCUGGAUGGAAUAUAAGGCCAGUGCCACAUGAGGGUCCUGAUGGGGGAAAAUGGAACUACGCUCUGUUAGUGCCGAUGCUUGGCCUUGCGGCCUUUCGUUGGAUCUGGACACGUGAGUCGCAGAGGCAGAUCCAAGAAGCAAAAAGCCAGUUCGAGGGGGACGUGGCUGCCGUUGCCAAAGACCUGGAGCUCAAGUAUAAAGAUACGCUGACGGAGAACCGGCGCACGACCGCCCUCCUGGAGCUGGAGCUAGAGAAAGCGCGUCAGCGGGUGGAGGGCUACAAGAAGGCCCUGGCCUCUCAGAGCCAGCAUCUCCUGGAGGAGCGCAAGCAGCUGCAUAAGGAACGUGAGGAGCUAGAGGAGGAGAAGAAGCGUGCUCUGCAGACUGGAGCAGCUGGACUGGCGCUUGAUGCGGCUCUGCAACAGGAGGAGGACUGGCAGCAGAGAGCCCAGGUUUUGCUACAGGACCUGGAGCACCAGCUGGUGGAGAGGCAGAACGCCUUCUGCAGCCUCCUGCUGCCUAGGAAACACAGGAUGGAGAUGGAGAAAGAUCUGCUGCUCAGGGUAGUCAAGAACCCGGUGGGGGCGGAACUGGGGCUGGAGGAUGACAUCAGGGACAUUUUUAAAAAUGAUAGGCACUGCGCAGACAUGAUGAAUAUGGACAGGAGGAAAAAUGGGAAGCUGAUGUGGCUGUAUCUUAAAUACUGGAGGCUGCAGGUUACACUGCAGAAACACAAGAGAGCAGAGGACAGGUUGAAAGGAUCGCUGCCUGAUGUCAAGUGAAGGAAAUUUAGAAAAAUAUAGUAGUUGCUUUUAACCCCGUGAUACGUCAAUAGUGUGUGGCAAUACUCAUGGUUUGCACCAAUGCAUAUGUAUAUACAGAUUAGCAAAUUAAAGGAAAACAAUGGUGGCACCAUGUUUCUGGUGUCCACUUGUCCCCUUAGAGUGAAGCAUCUAUUUAAAUCAAUACACAGUUUUGAUCUGAAUAGAUGCUUCACCUUUAUCCACGAUGAACCCGUCUCUAUCCACACAGUACAAGUAAAUGGUUGAUGAAAAGCAAAAUGAUAUAAAUCAUAUGCUCUGGCCUUCUCAGUCAAUACAUCUCAAGCUACUUGAACACCUAUGGGAGAUUUUGGAGUGACACACACCUCCCUUGCACUGCGCUCUCCUACACCACCACCAUCAUAAAAACACACCACCUGAGGGAAAACCUUUAGGAAGAACAGUCUUCAUCACUCUGGUACAUUUCCAGAGACUUGGAGAAUCUAUGACGUGGUGCACUGAAGGUGUUCUGGUGGCUCAUCAUGACCCAACACCUUACUAAGACACUCUUCUUUAAUUUGUCAUCCGUCUGUAUGUUUCCUUAACUUUGUCUAGUCAAGCACAUUUAUGACAUUUUUUUGGGAUGAGACUACUAAACCUACUGACAAUCAUUUGAAAAUAAUGCUGCUUCUGUGAGUGUAUAACAUCUUUUCUGUUAUUCAGCAUGAAAUUAUAGCUGUUUCACCUGGACUUUUUUAUUCCUACAGAUAUAAAGCAUCCCUGUAAUGAUAAAAUAAAGUUAAAAAAUUAAAAUGUUCUGUUCCAGGUAAAA